GGCGCACAUUUGAGCAAAGUUAUUUUCCCAGCCCAACGGCUGGUCACGCUAGCCGCGUUCAUGCCGCCAACUUCGCGAUCUUUGCCAACAAUUACGAACUUUGCGAACUCGGAGCAAGCAAUUGACCCAGAAUCGCCUUUUCCCGGAUCACUGAAUUGGCUGCAAAAUGAGGCAGCCCCCGACUGGCGCGGACCGCAGGAACAACCACCAGGUGGCAGGCCACUAGCUGGCACAGGACGAGCGGUUCCAUCUGGAUCAGCAGGCGCAACAAGUCCCUGCACGCAACAAGUUACCACAGACUACCGAGGACAGUCGACAAACCGCCUCCAAGGGCACCCACGUCCAAGACAAAAACACAUCACAUAACCACAAUGAGCCUCUUUGGCUCCAAAAAGAACCGCUCCCUCUCCGUGCGGGUGAGCACCUUCGACUCGGAGCUGGAGUUUAAACUGGAGCCGCGCGCCUCCGGCCAGGAUCUGUUCGACCUGGUGUGCCGCACCAUCGGACUGCGCGAGUCCUGGUACUUCGGGCUGCAGUACGUUGACACGCGCAGCAAUGUCUCCUGGCUGAAGAUGGAAAAGCGGGUGAGGGACCAGCGCGUCGAGCUGCAAGCCAGCAACAAUGUGUACGUGUUCAGCUUCUAUGCCAAAUUCUUUCCCGAGAACGUCAGCGAGGAGCUGAUCCAGGAGAUCACGCAGCACCUGUUCUUCCUGCAGGUCAAGCAGAGCAUCCUCUCCAUGGACAUCUACUGUCGGCCCGAGGCGUCUGUCCUCCUAGCCUCCUAUGCGGUGCACGUUCAGUAUGGGCCCUACGACUACGAGACCUACAAGGACGGCAUGCUGGCCGGCGGCGAGCUCCUGCCCAAGGGGGUGACCGACCAGUACCAGAUGACGCCCGAGAUGUGGGAGGAGCGCAUCAAGACCUGGUACAUGGACCACGAGCCCAUGACGCGCGACGAGGUAGAGAUGGAGUACCUGAAGAUCGCACAGGACCUGGACAUGUACGGAGUGAACUACUUUCCUAUUACAAAUAAGAACAAAACCAAAUUGUGGCUGGGCGUCACCUCCGUGGGCCUGAAUAUCUACGACGAGCGCGACAAGCUAACGCCAAAGACCACGUUCCAGUGGAACGAGAUACGGCACGUGAGCUUCGACGACAAGAAGUUCACCAUUCGCCUGGUGGACGCCAAGGUCUCAAAUUUCAUCUUCUACUCGCAGGACCUGCACAUCAACAAGAUGAUUCUCGACCUGUGCAAGGGCAACCACGAUCUGUACAUGCGGCGCCGCAAGCCAGACACAAUGGAGAUCCAGCAGAUGAAGGCUCAGGCCAAGGAAGAGAAGCAGCGCCGCCAGAUCGAACGCAAGAAGUUUAUCAGGGAGAAGAAGCUGCGCGAGAAGGCGGAGCACGAGCGCUACGAGCUGGAGAAGAGCAUGGAGCACCUGCAGAACGAGAUGCGCAUGGCCAGCGACGCUUUGCGCCGCUCCGAGGAGACCAAGGAGCUGUAUUUCGAGAAGAGUCGCGUCAACGAGGAGCAGAUGCAGCUCACCGAGUGCAAGGCGAACCACUUCAAGACGGAAAUGGACCGUCUGCGUGAGCGGCAGAUGAAGAUCGAGCGGGAGAAGCACGAGCUGGAGAAGAAGAUCCGCGACGCCGACUUCUAUGUCCACCAGCUGACAGUGGAGAACGACAAGCGGGAGGCGGAGACCGAGAAGCUGCGCAAGGAGCUGAUCUGCGCCAAGAUGGCGGAGCGCGAGGCCACCGCCCGGCUGCUCAACUUCCUCAACAGCGGUCGUAAAUCCUCCACGGACAGCCUGCUGACCGCCUCCAGUGUCUCGCAUGCGGCCAACACGGCGUCCAGCAUGGCGGCCAUCAGCACGCCCUCGCUGACCACCAGCAGCUCGACCAACGACAUAGAGACGGCCGGCGGCGCCGAGCUGACCACCCACUCGUCGCACUAUCUUGCCCAGGGGGACAACUCCAGCGGCAUCUCCGACGACUUUGAGCCCAAGGAGUUCAUCCUCACCGACAACGAGAUGGAGCAGAUCACCAACGAGAUGGAGCGCAACCACCUCGAGUACCUGCGCAACUCCAAGAAGCAGGUGCAGAACCAGCUGCAGACCCUGCGCUCCGAGAUCGCGCCGCACAAGAUCGAGGAGAACCAGAGCAACUUAGACAUACUCAGCGAGGCGCAGAUCAAGGCCGGCGAGAACAAGUACUCCACGCUCAAGAAGCUCAAGUCCGGGUCCACCAAGGCGCGCGUGGCCUUCUUCGAGGAGCUCUGACCCGCUCCCGAACCCGACUAGCUAUAUCUGUGUGUGUGCCUGUGCGCGUGUGUGAUGAGAGCCCUAACCCUAGUUGUACCUUACCUGUACUGCACUAAAUGUUCUUCGACUGUUUACUCAAGCCGCUGCUGUAAUAAACUAACUUCAGGCCUGGACCCACAUGCAUGCUGUGUUCACGCCGAAACAUA